CAUAAUGGUGCUGAAGGACAUAGUAUAUUCAUCGAACCUCUAUCUCUCAAGCGCUGGUCAACUUUGCACCAUCAUACUGACCGGAUGCAAGCAUAAUACCCUAUCAAAACUCUCCUAAUUGCAUGGAAUCAUGUGCUUGGAAGCUGUGGGGAAUCGCGGCACUUGACAACAUCUCGAACUCCCGAUCUGCUAUUCCAUCCUCACCGCCUGCUGGCUAUAGCUAUUCCACAUGGCACUUAACCAACAUAUCUCUUGUGCUGUGGACUCGUUAUUGUCACGACCAUCAGUGUCUCUUACCACAGAACUACUAACAUCUAGCGCUCAACCCGGUCAAAGCCCGGUAAUCAUAGUGUGCUCCUGAGAUGUGAAACCUCAUUAAGGAUCGUCAAGUUCUCUAGGCAAUCGAACGAUGACUUCGCAGCUGUCAUGUCUCGAAAACUUGCCGAAUGAAAUCCUGGAUGAGAUUGUGAGCUAUCUUCCAGUGGCUACUCCCUCCGAAUCCAACUUUCAUCAUACACCCACAACACACUUCACAGCUUCCAGUACGCAGAAUCUGAAGAAUGCCGCACAAGUAUCCUCCCGGCUGCUCGAGCUCGUGCGAUCCAGACUCUACGCGCAUUCUCGAUUCUAUCUCGAUGAUUUGUAUGACUUUCUCAAUUUUGUCACAUCGCAUAGAUUAGAGCGCUAUAUCACCUCGCUUGUCGUGCUACUCGGGAAUGAUCCGCCUCGUGACUUGGACAUCAAUCGGUUGCUUCGGCAUCUGUCCAACCUCAACCCAUUGCGGAUCACUGUUCUUGCACCACCUUCGCGGAUUGGAGCCAUGUUGAACACCAAGGCUCCGGAGGAGCACAGUUGGGCAUUUCAAAUUACUCAUCAGUUGUGUCAGUGGGAGCGAAGUAUACCGCCUGAGUCCCCGGUCUUCACGACUAACCCGUCAUCCAACCCGUUGGAUAUCAUGGCCUAUUCAUCUCUCAGAUUCAAUGAGGGCUCCUCGCUCAGAGCGUAUGCACAUUAUGAGUACUUCUUAUUUGAGGUUCCGUCCGUGCUUGGUAAAUGGGGCACCAUAGCCUCCAUGGGUACCGAAGAGGAGAAACUGUCCAUAUCGCGCGGGCUCCGACAUCUGACUUCAUUCAGCUACACCGCUAUAUUCCCCUUCUAUAAUCAUGUGAAAUUGGUCUUAGAUGCCCUGGAGUUGAUGAUGAACUUGCAAUCAUUCACCGUACAACUGGCCCCAUGCUCAGAAGACUCGGCCAUUGACUUGGCAAACAGAGGCCCUAUCGAUCCUAACGAUCCAUGGAUGGAGCUGGCUACGGGGUACGAUAUCAUCGCUCAUUCCAUCAUCGAGCUGGGACGUAGCGCUUCGCUUGUUCAUUUCCGCACCCUUGACUACCAAAACGAGGCACUUCGUGUUGAACUCAGCCAAUCGUUAGGCGCAAAGUUCCAAGAUACUGAAUGGGAGACGAAUGGCCAUGGGGAAUGGACUAAAACAGCGUCGAAUGGAGGAAUCAAGAACCACCUUUCGCCAAUCACAAUAGAUAAUCAUCCCGGCCUGACCCUAUGCUAUUUGAUUUGCAAUUCACAAUUCAUCACCUUUUCAUACCAUUGGUGUACUUUCUUGUCCGAGCCUGUCUGUGUAUUCUGCGCUCCCAAAUCCUUGCAUCUAUCUACCGUCAUUUUUAGAGUAGACCUCCUGCCGAUCUUCCGUUCCGCCAUUCUGACUUGCUACGAAGCACUGCCACUCUCGAUCCCAAAAACUAUAGAAGUAUACGAUCUAACACCGCCGGCGAUAUCGUUCACUCAGACAGCCAUGGAUUCCACCAGUAACUUACAUGCUGCUGAACCUGCGCUUCCCACUCUGGCACACAAGUUGCUGUUAUCCGAUGAAGCAAGCAGUAGUAGUCGGCAGUCCGUGGACGACAUAGACUCAAGUCAUCCGCCGCACCCGACAGAGUCCUGGAACCUCUACGCAGAUAUCAAUGCUGGAUUGCAAGCAUCGCGGGGGAGUGUAUUCCGCGCUGGCUCUGUUAUUGGUUUCUCGCGGCUCCGAAGCAAGAGCAACGAGAAUACAGAAGAUGAUGAAUACUUAAGCCAGGUAAGAGCAUGUCAGCUACCAAAAUCCAUCACCCAUUUGAUCCGCCAAGGCCAAACCCUCAACACCCCCAACUCAACCACCAUCUAUAUCGUCCACCCAGCCACAUUCAACGCCUUCUCCCCCAGAAGACUCCUCGCCUCCCUGCUCAACACCACCAACUCUACCACCAACCGCCAGCCCCUCACGCGCGACGCCGCAAUCGCCUGCCUCGACCGCGUCCAACUCUUCCCCGUCUUCGACCUCAACGCCGCAUCACAAGCAAUCCACGAAAUCAGCUCAGCCGUAGCAUCAUCAUCAGCCGCCGGCCGCGAAUCCCUGCCGCCCAACAAAGCCAUCAUGCUCGUCGCCGGCCUCGACACCCUCGCCGAGGGCGUCGUGCGCACGUCCAACGCAGCGCGAGGCGCGGCCGCCCUGACGACUGCCCUCCGAACAUUAACACACUUGACCCGCACCACUAGUCCUGCAACGGUGUCGGUGCUGCUAGUCAAUACGAGUGGACUAGGGACGACAACAGCGACCGCCAAUGCUAAUUAUGCGAGUGGCGGGUCAAUCGCAAUGCAGGAUGAGCCCGGCAGCCGAGAAAAUGGGAUUCGAUCUGCAUUUGGCGCGAACGGGGCGAGCCUGUUUCCGAGCUUGUUGAUGCGGACGUUGGACCAGGGGCUUGAUACACAUAUCUUAGUGUCGACUAAAAGGUCAGGGGUGGUGGUGGAGGUUAUCAAGGACCGGCUGGGCGAGGGGAUCGGGAAGUGGUGUGUUUGGAAGAGCAUUUGAAUACUGGGUGCUUGUCGA